CGCCUCUGAGCCGCUGAGGAUUGUGGGAGGAGGUUGUCUCCAAUUUCUCCUCCCCCCUCCCCCCGUCCCAGCCAAGAUGUCUGACAUGGAGGAUGAUUUCAUGUGCGAUGAUGAGGAGGACUACGACCUGGAAUACUCUGAAGAUAGUAACUCUGAGCCAAAUGUGGAUUUGGAAAAUCAGUACUAUAAUUCCAAAGCGUUAAAAGAGGAUGACCCAAAAGCAGCAUUAAGCAGUUUCCAAAAGGUUUUGGAACUUGAAGGUGAAAAAGGAGAAUGGGGAUUUAAAGCACUGAAACAAAUGAUUAAGAUUAACUUCAAGUUGACAAACUUUCCAGAAAUGAUGAACAGAUAUAAACAACUAUUGACCUAUAUUCGGAGUGCUGUCACAAGAAAUUAUUCUGAAAAAUCCAUUAAUUCUAUUCUUGAUUAUAUCUCUACUUCUAAGCAGAAUUCUGAUUUUUUAUGUCAGAUGGAUUUACUGCAGGAAUUCUAUGAAACAACACUGGAAGCUUUGAAAGAUGCUAAGAAUGACAGACUGUGGUUUAAGACAAACACAAAGCUGGGGAAAUUAUAUUUAGAACGAGAGGAAUAUGGAAAACUUCAAAAAAUUUUACGCCAGUUACAUCAGUCCUGCCAGACUGAUGAUGGAGAAGAUGACCUGAAAAAAGGCACACAGUUAUUAGAAAUAUAUGCUUUGGAAAUUCAGAUGUACACAGCACAGAAAAAUAACAAAAAACUUAAAGCACUCUAUGAACAGUCACUUCACAUCAAGUCUGCCAUCCCUCAUCCAUUGAUCAUGGGAGUUAUCAGAGAAUGUGGUGGUAAAAUGCACUUGAGAGAAGGUGAAUUUGAAAAGGCACACACUGAUUUUUUUGAAGCCUUUAAGAAUUAUGAUGAAUCGGGAAGUCCAAGACGAACCACUUGCUUAAAAUAUUUAGUCUUAGCAAAUAUGCUAAUGAAAUCGGGAAUAAAUCCAUUUGACUCACAGGAGGCCAAACCUUACAAAAAUGAUCCAGAAAUUCUAGCAAUGACGAAUUUAGUAAGUGCCUAUCAGAAUAAUGACAUCACUGAAUUUGAAAAGAUUCUAAAAACAAAUCACAGCAACAUCAUGGAUGAUCCUUUCAUAAGGGAACACAUUGAAGAGCUUUUGCGAAACAUCAGAACACAAGUGCUUAUAAAAUUAAUUAAGCCUUACACAAGAAUACAUAUUCCUUUUAUUUCUAAGGAGUUAAACAUAGAUGUAGCUGAUGUGGAGAGCUUGCUGGUGCAGUGCAUAUUGGAUAACACUAUACAUGGCCGAAUUGAUCAAGUCAACCAACUCCUUGAACUGGAUCAUCAGAAGAGGGGUGGUGCCCGAUAUACUGCACUAGAUAAAUGGACCAACCAACUAAAUUCUCUCAACCAAGCCGUAGUCAGUAAACUGGCUUAACAGAGAACAAGCUUUUACAGACAUACUUAAGGCAACAGUGCAGAGAUGUAACCCUUAAAAGAACUGGGAAUGGCAAAACUACUGUCGGUUGAUGUGUCCUGAAAAUUAUUGGAGUUAUGGCAGAAGUGCUUUUUUUGAUCAACUGGUUUGUGUUUUGCUGCUGCAUUUAUCCCAAGAAAAAAAAAAAACAGCUUUAAUCUCCAGAAGAAAACCAAAAUGCCAUGGGAUUUAUGCUGUAUUGACAUCUUGCCCUAAAACAUACAACAUCAUAGUAAUUUGUCGUGGGCAACAUGACCAGAGAGAAGAUUUUUGUCAUGAUUUUAAACACACUGACACGCUACUGUUGGUUAAAUUUAAACAUGUUUUACCUGCAGAAAUUCUCUCACAAAUAACCUGCAAUAACUUGAAAUGCAUACCCUUUUGAACACUUCCUUUUCUCAUGUAUAAAUUAAAAUGUUUGCUGCAUUUUGCAAAAUGUCAAUUCUCCAAAAAUGUGUCCGUAUAUUUCUGUACCUGCAGUGUAGUAAAGGUUUAGAUGAAACCCCAUAAUUAUAGUGGCAUACUGUCACUUAGGUUUCAAGCAGCAAAAUAAACAGUGCAGCUCAGAAAUUGUAGUUUGGUUCUUGAUGUGUUUUUAUUACAUGUGGGGUUUUUGUUUUGUUUUUUAGUACCUUAGAAAUGUCAAAUUUUUCUUCAGUUAAUAAUUUUUAAAAGCCUGAAAGUAAAUAAGUUGGUUAUUUGCUUUCAAGUUUUUGAAAGUAGUCUUUAUUGAUAAGGAGAAUUAGUUUCUAACAAAAAACUUGCAUAAUACUUAACUUUGACAGUGAUACUUUAAAGGAAUAAUUUUGUUUUUAAAGAAUGAUACUCCUUUUUAAAAGACUCUAACUCUCAGAAUGUUCACUUUAAACAAAUAUGCCAGAAUAUAGACAGCUAAAUGAAUGUUACCCUGCAUAGUGAUCAUGCUGGAAAAUUAUUUCCUAAUUCCAGCAAUCUACCAUUGCUCAAAACCUCUUGGGUUUUACUCUUUGAGAAUUGCAUUCAGAGCUAAUUUAAGUCACACACACUGUUAACUUUAUGAUUACAUAAUUGUUAAAAUAUUAUCCAGCUUUUGUUCUGUGUGCUGUGCUGUGCUCAGUCAUGUCCAACUCUUUUUGCGACCCCACGGACUGCAGCCCGCCAGGCUCGUCUGUCCAUGGGAUUCUCCAGGCAAGAGUACUGGAGUGGGUUGCCAUUUCCUCCUCCAGAGGCUCUUCUGGAGACCUAGGGAUUGAACUCGUGACUCUUGCAUCUCCUGUAUUGGCAGGCAGAUUCUUUACCACUAGCACCACCUGGGAAGCCCUGAUUGUUCUAUAGUUAAACAUUAUUUGGCACCAAAUGUCUUUUUACUGUUUCCAAAAAUUAAAUCUAUCUUUGAGGUAAUAGUAGGAAUAUGCAACUGGCUUUGAAGGCAAUCCCAAAAGAGUUUUAAAGGUAUUUUGAGCAGUGGUAGCAUAGUUAAGAGAAUGAACUGUGGCCUUUGAAGGUGAUAACCUAAAAGGAGACACAGCUCAUUUGAAUGUAUUGAGUUUUGGAUGUAUUUGUUUCAUUUAAAAAAGUUCACAUUAUUUUAUAGUGUCGAAGGAAGAGCUAAGAUUAAGAUAAUUUCUUUGGUUUUUCUAUUGCUUGUUAUUAUGUAAAAAAGAGUGGCAGUUAAGAAGGAAGACUGUUAUAGCUAAAGAAUGACAACCAAGAAUUUUUGAACUUUAAAUCAGAUUUUAUAAACAGUGGAAGGAGCAUGGACUUAAAACAAGGCAUGCUUAUUCAAUUUUGUCAAAAUUUUACGAAAAUAUGUGAUAUAUAUUUAUACUAAAACUAUAUAAUCCUUAGAUUUAGGAGAGCAAUCAGUUAAUGUCUUUAGCAGAUUAAAGCAGUAUUAAAUACAGGUGCAACUUGAAAAUGUAGAAAACUGAAAGAAAAUGAAAGACAAUGUCUCUGGUAGGGAAUAAAAAAGUUUAAGAUAUUAUAAAA